AUGUUCGAAAGAAUCACAUGGAAAUCGUAUGUGUGGUGGUGCCGCGUCGCGAAGGGUUUCGAUGAACGAUGGCGAAACGACAACGCUUUGCAUGUGUAUUCAGCGACCGUCGUCGCGGCGGGCACCGAAGACAUCAAGUCUUUACGUUGUCAUGUUCUAGAAUAUGCCUCUAUUGCAACGUCCGCUGCUUCUGUUCCAAUGAACUCAAGAAGGGAAGGUAUUUCCAUUUCAUCAUCGUCCGGCAACCGCCAGUUCUUCGUCGAUGGUGGAAUCCGGCGUAUCCUUCACGACCGACCGUCGUCGAUUGUCGUCGUCAAGCCUUCGGUGCAGGAUGGGGGUACCACAGCAUUCAGCGACUCGCUGCGGAAGAUGACUUUGAAUCCGGUCGGCGGCGGUGGCAUCACAGGCACUCCUCGGUUGCAGCUUGCAACAUCGGUGACUUCCUCCUCCUCGUCGUCCGACAAUCCGUGCCCUUUAGGCAACGUCAUUCUUCGAGGCAACCAACUGGUCAUGAUUCCGUCGCAACUGUGCAAGGCGACAGCCGGUGCUGGGGGUAGCGGUGAUCAGCGGACUGCAAAUCGCUUCGGUGGCACCCGGGUCAUCUCCACGUGCGACCCAUCUUCGGUCAAGGGUGUCGUAACUCAGCCGCUCAGGGCGACGGUCGCCGCUGCCUGCUCUCCUUCUACUAUCCCUUCGUCCAAUGCCACCCCACAGCCGAUCGUCGUCACUCCCGUUCACCGCCUUUCGACGCCCACUCAGCGAGUUCGUCUUUCGUUCGACCCUCACCAGCAUCGUCGUGUUACUCUUGGCGGAGGUGGCAGUGCUGGAGGCGUGGGAGUAGGGGUCGGAGUCAUGGCCCCUUCUUCCACAGCCUCUGGCGAAGACCUGACGAGAACUAGAGUUCUACCGAUGACCGGUGCCACCGCUUCUGCCAUAGGAAUGCAGCAGCUUACGUCGUCGUCCACCACCAGCGCUGUCCGGAAGCAGAACGUGAUGAUCGUCCGGACAAAGCCAGCGAAUCCCUCCGACCAUUCGUCCGGCCAGACAACCCAUUACGUGAAGACAGACGUCAAGGUGUUAACGACUCCGAAAAGUCACACGUUUCGCUUCCUCAUUCCUUCUCAAACGCAGCAACAAGUGAAGCCAGAAGUGGUCGUUUCCAGCCUUUCGGACGUGGGUGCCACUCCCACUACAAAUGCUGCUUGCUUCGCCCCGUCAUAUGCCGUAAGUAGACGACCAACAGUCGACAUGGUGUCCUGUAUUUUCAUAGCUUUUGUAACGUUGUUCGGUUGGAGCAUUUGCACCAGUUUACUUAUUUAAAA